GGGGAUGAUGCAUGUAGUUCUGACCUGAAGACUUGUGAUGAAAGUGCUAAUGGCUGCUUCAGCACCAAGCAAGAAUUUAACAUAUCAGGGAAUCAUUUCCAACAAUUGAAGCAGAAAGGCUGUUCUUCAUCUGACUGUGUUCCACUGGCCUUCACUGCAACACUGGGGAAUCAGCGGACUUUUGGGUACACCCAGCAGUGCUGCCAAGGGGAGAAAUGUAACCAGAAAGACUUUCCGUUAUUUCAGAAGUCCUCAGACACCAAUGGAAUCGAAUGCCCUGCUUGCUACACUGAGAAUGACAAUUCUUGUGUCCCAACUCCUCUAAAAUGCACAGGGGCAGAGACAAAGUGUGUAAUGGUUACUGGUGAAGAAUACCAAGGUGGAGGGUUUUCCUUGAUGUUUGUUGCAAGGGGCUGUGCGACUGAAACUGCCUGUAACUUGAAGGAUCUAACUGUACUUGGGGGUGUAAAAGUACAUACCUCCUGUCCAGGCAUCACCAAUGCAAGCUCCCCACUGAUGUCCACCAUCUCCUCAGUUCUGGCCAGUAUCUUCUUGCUGAAGAUCUUGCUUUAAUUGUUCAGGCUUAAUCCCAUAAUCCUACAAAGUUGAACAUGUUGGAGUUCUUGGAUUGUUUCUUUUCCCAAUGUAGGAGAAUUAAAAAACUGAAACUUG